GCCUGGGCUCGCGGACCUCUCGCGGCGGCUGGGCGGCUGCGCGCGGCUGACGUGCCUGGAGGGCGGCGGCGGCGAGGCUCCGCGAGGGGAAGGAACGCCGCCGAGACCAUGAGACGGUGGGGCACGCCCCUUCAGAAGCUGUUGUUCAAGACAAUCUAGUUUUGUUUCAUAAAUCUCGUAAGUCACUUAUGAAGUUUCUUGUUCAAAAAUUGCAGUACUGCAAUGAAGAAAAGGAGAAAGGUUACUUCAAAUCUUGACGAGAAGAUCCAUCUAGGCUAUCAUAAAGAUUCUUCAGAAGAAAAUGCUGCUGCAGAGUGUGGCCAAGUGACCUAUCCUCAGUCUACAGAAAGACCAACCCCUGAAGCUCUUCAGUGUUACCAAGAACUUCCUCCCUCUCCAGAUCAAAGAAAGCUUUUGAGUUCUUUACAGUAUAAUAAGAACUUGCUGAAGUAUUUGAAUGAUGAUAGGCAAAAACAGCCAUCUUUCUGUGAUUUACUUAUCAUAGUAGAAGGAAAAGAAUUCAGUGCACAUAAAGUAGUAGUUGCUGUUGGUAGUAGUUAUUUUCACGCAUGUUUGAGCAAAAAUCCAAGCACUGAUGUUGUCACCCUGGAUCACGUAACACAUUCAGUUUUUCAGCAUUUGCUUGAGUUUCUUUACACAUCAGAGUUUUUUGUGUACAAAUACGAAAUACCUCUUGUUUUAGAGGCUGCAAAAUUUUUGGACAUUAUUGAUGCAGUAAAGCUGCUGAAUAAUGAAAAUGUUGCUACUUUUCAGGCAGAACUAACUGAAAAAUCCUCACCAGAAGAAACCCUAAGCGAAUUAACUGGAAGACUAUCAAAUAAUCAUCAGUGCAAAUUUUGUAGUAGACAUUUCUGCUAUAAAAAGUCCUUGGAGAAUCAUUUAACCAAAACUCAUAGGUCCCUGUUAUUGGGGAAAAAACAUGGGUUAAAAAUGCUGGAGCGAAGUUUUUCUGCACGGAGGUCAAAGAGGAAUCGCAAGUGUCCCGUUAAGUUUGAGGACACUAGUGAUGAUGAUGAUGAUGAACAGGAAAGUGGGGAUGGGUCAGACAAUUUGAAUCAAAGUUUUGAUAAGGAGAAGUCAGACAGAAAUGAUUCUGAGGAUCCUGGAAGUGAGUAUAAUGCUGAAGAUGAGGAGCUGGAGGAGGAAGUGUCAGAUGAGGAGUCUGACUCUGAGCAGAGCGACAAAGAUAAUGAUGCAGAAGAGGAACCAGAGGCUGCUGAUUCUGCAGGGAGCAUUCACGAAGGGUUAGCUCCUGUAAUCAUUCAGAGCAGUAAUAAGAAAGUCCUGCAGUGUCCCAAAUGUGACAAAACAUUUGACCGAAUAGGAAAAUAUGAGAGCCACACCCGUGUGCACACAGGUGAGAAGCCUUUUGAGUGUGAUAUUUGUCACCAGCGUUAUUCGACAAAGUCUAACUUAACUGUUCACAGAAAGAAGCACAGUAAUGAAGUAGAGUUUCAUAAGAAGGAGCACAAGUGCCCUUACUGUAAUAAACUUCAUGCAAGCAAGAAGACACUAGCCAAGCACGUGAAGAGAUUUCAUCCUGAAAAUGCACAAGAAUUUAUUUCCAUCAAGAAGACUAAGAGUGAAAGUUGGAAAUGUGAUAUCUGUAAGAAAUCUUUUACUCGAAGACCACACUUGGAGGAACACAUGAUUCUACAUUCACAAGAUAAACCUUUUAAGUGCACCUAUUGUGAAGAGCAUUUCAAAUCCCGAUUUGCACGGUUAAAGCAUCAGGAGAAGUUCCAUCUGGGUCCCUUUCCAUGUGAUAUAUGUGGUCGUCAAUUCAAUGACACUGGAAAUUUGAAACGCCAUAUAGAAUGUACUCACGGUGGAAAGAGAAAAUGGACUUGCUUUAUUUGUGGGAAGUCAGUACGAGAAAGAACUACUUUGAAAGAACAUUUGAGAAUACAUAGUGGAGAAAAGCCUCAUCUUUGUAGUAUCUGUGGGCAAAGUUUUCGCCAUGGAAGUUCAUACAGGCUUCACUUACGAGUACAUCAUGAUGACAAAAGAUAUGAGUGUGAUGAAUGUGGGAAAACAUUUAUUCGCCAUGACCACCUUACAAAGCACAAAAAAAUACAUUCAGGUGAGAAGGCUCAUCAAUGUGAAGAAUGUGGAAAGUGUUUUGGUCGUAGGGAUCACCUGACUGUUCAUUACAAGAGUGUGCAUCUGGGAGAGAAGGUGUGGCAAAAAUAUAAAGCAACAUUUCAUCAGUGUGAUGUUUGUAAGAAGAUUUUUAAAGGAAAAUCAAGUCUUGAAAUGCAUUUUCGGACCCAUUCAGGUGAAAAACCAUACAAGUGUCAGAUUUGCAACCAGUCUUUUAGAAUUAAGAAAACUUUAACAAAACACCUGGUUAUUCACUCUGAUGCUCGGCCUUUCAAUUGUCAACACUGUAAUGCAACAUUUAAGAGGAAAGACAAGCUGAAAUACCACAUUGACCAUGUUCAUGGGAUAAAAUCUCCUGAAGAUUCUCUUAGUACUUCUGAUGAAAAACUUGUGUCUUUGCCAAUAGAGUACUCAUCCGACGAUAAGAUCUUUCAAGCAGAAACAAAACAGUAUCUGGACCAGCCCAAAGUUUAUCAGUCGGAAGCCAAGACUAUGCUACAGAAUGUGUCUGCGGAAGUAUGUGUUCCGGUUACAUUGGUCCCAGUUCAAAUGCCUGACACAUCCAGCGAUCUGGUGCCUCACACCACCACACUUCCACCAUCGUCUCAUGAGAUGCUGCCACCUCAGCCGCAGCCAACUGAUUAUCCACGAGCAGCAGAUUUAGCUUUUCUGGAAAAAUACACUCUUACUCCUCAGCCCGCAAAUAUAGUUCACCCAGUACAACCUGAACAGAUGCUGGAUCCUAGAGAACCGUCUUAUCUUGGAACAUUACUGGGCCUCGAUAGCACAACUGCUGUUCAGAGCAUGUCCAGUAGUGAGCACCGUUCAUGAGUAAACAUUCCAUAGACCUUUUGAUGCUUAUAAGCUGACAACCAGAAGCUACUGGCUUUUGAAUUAGUAGGGCUGCUAUUUUUUCCCAUUUUUUUCCCCUCAUUUCUCAAGUCUUUAGAACAGCUUCAAUCAAGAAAAAUUUAUUUCUAUUGACUGAAUACUUGGACACAUUUUGACAUAAUAUUUGAAGUAUGAUUUUUUUUAAAGAUUAUUUAGUACUAAUUUUGAAUGGACUUUUAAAUUUCAGAUUAUUAGCUGCUGACAAUGGUGGAGGUGUUUUUUAAAUCAUCAGUAGAAUAUUUCUUUCCUUUUUUAUUUUUUUGAGACAGGGUCUUAGUCUGUAGCCCAGGGUGGCCUCAAUUGGUGGCAAUCUUUCUGCCUUAGCCAACCAAGUACUAGGAUUACAAGUGUGAGCCCCCAAGCUAAGUUUCUACUUUUAGUCAUCAUUUUUCUCCCUUUGCCAUACUGCUAUGAAGUUUUAAGAACCCUGUAGCCUAUAUGAAGGAAUGUUAGCAUAUGUCAGUAAUUACAAGUUUUAAUACCAAUUAAUUAUCAUUAUUUCAUUCAGAUUUUCAAAAUUGAGGUUAGAUUAUUGAAAUUUCUUACAUAUUUCUGUAAGAAAAUCUUGAUACUUGGUGUUAUAAUCUACCAUUAUUUUUGUUCUUAUAUUUGGGUUUUUGACAAGCUGAAAUACAAAAGCUAAUAAAUACAGGAUUAGCAUGCUAAAUGAAAUAUAAGAUUAUUUUAAUCCAGAUAAUUGGACCUGCACUGAACUGUGAUAAGUAAUAAAUAGAAACUUAUGAAUAUAUCUUAAUGAAAAAUAUUACAAAGAAAAUUAUGACAGUUUUGCCUAGAUAUCACGGUGCAUGUAUGCUUUGGCUACUUUCACAUUCACAGUAUGCUUCAGCAGAUGCACAUGACUAAAGAAGGGACAACUGUAACUAAAUUGGUGGCAGUUUAAUUAAAUGAUGCAUUUAGCAUUUCAUUUACCAAAUUUGGCUAACCAAAACAGGGGAAUCAUACUCAUGUAUGAUAUUCAGAAAAGAUUCCAAACCCAUUCUCAAAAAUGCCCUAACUUAACAUAAUGCUUUUCAGCUGAGUGCACUACUGUUUGUGUAUAGAUUGACACAUUGGUUUUGCUCCUGAAUGAGAUUUGUCUCCAUUCGUCAUUCUUGUUUUUGGAUGAGACAAUAGUUGAAGGCUUGGUGGAAGGAAAGAGCAGUUACAGCCACACCUCACUGAUUAAGUAAGAGACAAAAAAAAUCUGCCAUAAUUAUGAAAUACCUUAAAAGAUGUGCACUUUGCAUUUUUUUCAACUCAAUUUCAACUUAACGUAGGAUGAAAUUUUCCUUGUGGGGUAGCUGGAGGGUUAGACUAGGCAGGGAUGAUUUAUCGUUAACAUGUAGUUUGUAUGUAAACCACUGGAAAAAUAGCAGUUUUUAAAUUUUUCUGUUUCAAUUUGUUUACACUCCUAAUUGCUUUUAGCACUUUUUUGUGUGUAAACUGUAAUGUCUUGUCUCUCCCUUGCGGGAUUUGAAAACGUAUCACAAAUGAAAUAAUGAACUUUUAGGGAAUAAAAUGUAAUCAGUAAGGAGGAACUUGUUUAAGCACUUAAGAAAUGAAGGUACUUUAUAGGAACAGUUGCCAUAUUAAUGUUCAAACAAAGAGCAUGUUGCAAAUUGAGGCAGUAACCAAAGUAGCUGAUAUAAUAAAGGUAACCUGAGUUUUGCCUCAUUUAUCAAAGUUUGGUUGUUGUAAUUGUCUUUGGACUAAUGUACUUAAUUUUGUAUUAUUUCUUAUUUUUAAAGCAUUCUUAUUUACUUAGUGUGGAAAUGUUCUAUGGGGACUAAUGAUGGAGCUAGACUGAGGCACUUUGACCUACAAAUCAAGUGUCAAGAAUACAGAUUUAUGAUUUUUAUCCUAAAGGCCGAUAAAAUUUUAACUAAAUUAUCUUACUGAAAUUGAAGCAUCAUACCUAUAAAUAUACUUUGCCUUAGAGAUAAGCUAAUGUAGAAAAAUUUGAGUUUAUCAAAAAAGGCAAAUGGUAUAUAUGUGUGUAUGUGCAUGAUAGCUUGUAUAUUUUGGCAGAAAAAAGAUACAGUUUCACAGUGAAAAUAUUACCUUGGGAUUUGAAGGUGUUUAAGGUUCUUUCAGUAAUGAUGCUCUAACACUUUAAAUAUAUAUGACUUAAUUUUAGAAAUUGGUUUACAUAGGACUUUUCAAGAAUAUAGCUCUUAUGUAAAGUGACACACAAUUGUAUAAUUGUACUUAGUUAUUAUUGUAGAAAAGCUGGAAUACUGUCUCAUCUAAUACAUUUUCACAUAUUAUCUCAUUUGAACCUUGUAAGCAGUUCUGAAAUAGAAAGAAAAUAAUGUAUUUCCAUUUUAGAGAGAAAGGACUCAUGUUACGUAUGGUGGAAGAAGGAGAAAUACAGCAUUUAUGAAUGCACACUAUGUGCCAGGUGCUACGUUCUCUUGUUCCUAACAGUCUGGAGGUAGACAGUAGAAUACUAAUGAAGAAAUAAGUAAAACUACAAUGAUGGGGAAUUACCUGUUCCCUCUAGUUCCAAAAAUAUAAGAGCAUGGAUUUGGGUAAACUGAAUGUACGUUAGCAUUUGACAUUGGCACAAAAUUAUAAAAUGAGCCCCACUCUUCUUAGUUGAUCUGUAUGACUCUAAAAUCAUUAUUUGUAACUAUGCUUAAUAUUUUGACUCUCACAGCUAAGUUUAGCCUCAUUGUGAAUAUUUUAUUUUCUGAGUAUAAUUUAUUGUUUUAAAUUAAUUUUGGUAGAUACAGUUAGCACUUAAUCUGUAAAUUGAAUAAGUUAUUGAGUACAGAAAUUUAUUAACUUACUGUCUCUGACUUAAUGCACCAAAGAUUUUGAGUAGGUAUUGAAUAGUUUAAAAGAAUUUAAAUUCUUUGUUGUUUGACUAUAUAUUUGUCCAAAGAAGCACAGCUGAAGUCUUGGAUAAUGGAUUUAAAAAAAAAAAUGUUAGUUUGAAUACUGAAAUUAAGUAUGAAAUGUUUGUGUUUAUAUGUAUAAAAUAAGUAGAGGGAAUACUCUGGGAACAGUCAUCCCGACCAACCAGUUACAAGGUAGAAUACUCAUUUCUCUCAGUUUAGCUGGAUGCAGUUUUUUAAUGAACACUAUUGAAUAAUAAGCUUAUAUUUUACACUACAUUAUAAAAAUAAUUUCUGCCUUAGAUUUUUUUUUUUAAUCAAGUCGAGGUUAUUUUUAUAAGAAAUCCCUUUGGUUUGGGCAGCCUAAAAUACCACUUAACCAUAGGGUUUGUUCCUCAUGCCAGCAAGAUACCUUCAGGCAACUACAAAAGUAGUAAAGUUUUGCAAACUUUUAAUUUAGAACUUUACUGCUGGGGAAAAGAGGAAUAAAAAUAACCAUUUUAAACUGGUGCUUUAAUAAACUGACUGCCUUUUAAGUGAUGGUAGCAUAAAAGAAGUACACUAAUUUCUCUCGACCUUAAAAAGUGUGAAAAACACCUUAAUCAAGUGGCUAUUACGUGUUAAGGGCUAAUCAAUACCAUCCAUUGCUUUUCACUCAAUCACAAGCUAAUUAAACACAAUUAACCUGGUAUAUUUAUGAGCUUGAAUGUUCUUCCUGCCAUAUCACACUAAUUUAUUAUUGACAGGAGAGGUUUUGAGCAUUAGUUCUUUAAGAGUGUCUUUUUAGACCAUCUUUUUCUGGAUUGAAUACUUUGUACUUUUUCAGAGAUGUGUAGUUGUGUAGCAUUGUCUUUGCUGCCUACUGGUAAAUAAAUGACUUGUUUGUUUUGUUUUAUUUUUUGGUUUUGAGUCAUAUUUCUGUUGCCUGCUGGCUGGGCAAUAGCCUCUUACGUUUUAUGUUAACUUAGGAAAACUGUCAUCAAGUGAUAGUAUGGACAUCAGUCCUUAUAAUUUACAUGCCAUUGUUUUAAAAAAGUUUUUACUGUAGCCUCUGUACCUACUGGAGUGACUCCUCAGCCUGUCCAGAUGUUUAGAAGAAUCUGACAGAAAGAAUAGUGUCUCUGCUUCUCUUGUGGCUCUUUGUCUCUGAUUGUUCUCUUAAAUCACUCCUUACCAUGAGCACAGCUCUACACUGAAGACUUAGUCACUUUCCCUGAACUGAGCAUGAUUGAUGGUGUGAGAAGAGCUGCUCUUAGUGAGCAGCAGCAUCCCAGUCAACAUUGAGCUUGAGUUGAUGACUCAUGGAAAAGCAGGACUUCUCAACAGUAAUGUUUGAACAUUUUAAGAUUUAGUGCCAAAUUUAAAAAGACUGAAAAUGCAUCAUUUAAUAAGGAAUAAGUAGUGUUUCUUAAUUUUUAAGCAGAAUUAGUGUUAAAUGUUACCUGCUAUUAGUGUGGCUAAUGGAUGAGAAUAAUUUCCUACAUGGCAUAUAACAACUAGACAAUUCUACUGUUCUUCUGCUAUGCUAUCCUACUCAUUUCUUUUGCACAUUUUCCUUUUAGUAAUCUUGUGUUCUUUUUUGGUGUCCAUCCAUGUACCUUGUAAAGUUUUUACUUACUAUACUUUCCCUUACAGUAUCAGCAUGUGUUUUGUGCUUCCUCUUUGGAAGUAGAUCACUAUUACAAAAGCAAUAGAAUUAGGUUACAUGGAAGAUGAGAGGAGGAAUGAUUUAGUAGGGAGGGUAUGUUUAUGUUUUACUUAAUUCAUGUUUUAACUUGCUGUAUAUUGAUCUUAAGUCUGUGACCUUUGAAAGAUUCCCUAAACCAGUUAGUAGUCUCUGCAGCCAUUUAGUGAGAAUUUAAGGACAUUAUUUGGAGAACAGAUGUUAAAGAAGAAAACCUUUAUAAAAACAAUUUGGAUUCUCACGUAGAGCUGAGUAAUGUCAAUAUUUGCAUUAUUGCUGGAGAUACUGAAAGGUCCUUAAAGAAGAGCGUGUACGCAUCUUACUGUCACUGUGCCUCUCUUUGAUAUUCCUGCUUGCAGAAAGUUGAACAAUGUUCUGUGGUAUAAUUACCAAGCUUCCUUAUCCUUUUAACAAUCAGACUAUCCUUGUAAGUGACACUAUAUGACAGUUGAUGAGUUCGAUUGCCAAAACAUUCUACAAGCUGGUGUUUAGCUGCUCCAUGUUGUGUCAAAACUGUUCUAUUUAUAGGAGAAAUGGUGUGUACUAAUAUAGAAAUGUUGUUUUCUGUCUCAAAUCACAACUUGUUUUUAAUUAAGGACAGUUUUAAAGGCAAUUGCAAAGGAAAAAUCUAAAUAUCAAAAUUCAUUAUUUUCCGUUGUAUGUAAAAUGUCUUUAGUAGAUACUUUGUCUCGUGUUUCAUAAGUGUAAAUGUCUUUAUAGCAGAAAUUCAGCUCUUUGUGAGGAGUAGGUGUCGUCUUGCAUAUUGAAUUAGUUCUUUGUGUUAUUUUGAUAUUUAAAAUAAACAGAGUUCUUUGGCCCUAGUAAA